AUGUUUAGUAGCCAAGAAUACUUGGAUCGUAAAACCGGACCCUAUGGAAUCGGUCGACUGAGUUAUCUUCAGUCCUUAGUGACAGAAUUUCAGGAUACAUCUGAUGAAGAAGCUAAAGAACAAGUUCUGGCCAAUUUAGCAAAUUUUGCCUAUGAUCCAAUAAAUUAUCAACAUUUCAAGAAGUUGAAUGUGGUUGACCUGUUUUUGGAUUGCCUGGAAGAGAACAAUGAGAAGCUGAUUGAGUUCGCAAUAGGAGGAUUAUGUAACUGCUGUCUAGACAAGGAUUUCAAACAACAUAUCAUCAACUCUGGAGGGAUAGACCUUGUAAUCAGAUGUUUGUCAAGAUCCGAGGAGCAGACAGUGAUGUCCGCAGUGACCACACUCAUGUAUCUGUCCACACCGGAGUCAAAGCAAGCCAUUACAGUCUUGCCAGUUGUGGAAUGUAUGUUGCGUUUUUCUGAAUGUGACAACAAACUUCUGGCCAAUCUGGCACAAGUAUUUCUACAGGAUUACUGUACUCCAGCACAGAUCAGAGAAGCCAGGGAUAUCCAGAGGCAAAUGGCUGGCCAGUUUUCAAACGUGGAAACUUGA